AUGGCUCGGUUGAAUGACUAUGCGGCUCCUGCCGAGUCCAUUGAUGCGUUGAAGCGACGAUUUGUGCGACAAAACCGCGAGAUCGCAAGGGUGAAUUCCUUGCAAUCUCUCCGUAUUCGCAGCCUAGAGUCAGAAGUAUCGCAUCUACUUUCGGAGAAUGUGUCGCUUCGCAAACAGGUCAUCAAUCUCACCCAGGAAACCGAAAGAUUGGAAGCAGGGAAAAUGCUGCACAGUGGAAUAUACGACAUCAAACACAAGCUAGAUGCCAAACUAGCCGAGUUGAGCAAUUUGGCGGCAGAUUUGGGUUCGUUGCCCCGCAAGGUGGGCAAGCUCUGCGACGAUCAGCUCGAUAGGCCAAAGCAGGCGGAGUCCAGACCUAGGACAGAAGGCAUGAUGGAAGGCGAAGAUGGAAGGCUCCCUGCCAUUGUUGAGGACAAAUAUUAUCCUCGGCGGACUCUAGAGCCCCAGGAGCUCAAUAGCCUGGUCCAUGACGACCACAGCAUUUUAGAUUCUCCGCCACAGUUCAGCUUUAUGCCGGAGGAAGGGGAUGCACGCAUCGAACAUUCAAGUCCAUCGCCACCAGAAUCAACAUUCAGGAGCCAAAUAGGAAAGGAUACCCCCGAAGAACCCGAAGAACCCGAGCCUUUACUUCCUCCAACCCUCGAGACACGCAAGAAGAAAAAGAACCCAGGUUCGAUUGUUGCGCCAGAAAUUAGCCCCGCGCAAACAGAUCGGCAGCCAAGUCCACCCAUCAAUACUACUCAGCAUGCAAAAUCGGUUUCAACAAAGCGCAAAUACACACCCGAAGACGAUGACAGAUUCGCACCCAACCUUAUUGCCGACGAUGACGAAUUCCAAUUCACCCGGCCCAGUCACAGCCCCAAAAAGCGAACAACACCAUUCGAAGAUACACAGCGAGACCAGUCACUCACUGAAAGCCAGGUCGAGGUGACAAGAGGUUCAAAAACUCCCGUCUUGUCUAUGCGGAAGGUCCUCGAGCCAAAGAGUGCAAAUUCAAAUCUAGGCUCUCCCAAGAAGGCCCGCAUGUCUUCGCACCAGGACUCUAAGCUUCUGCAAAUGUCCACUAAGGGUGACGAGAAUAGCAACUCGCCCCAGAAAGUGAAGGAUGUCGAGAAAAUCGGUGGCAAGACUGUCAAUCAAAAGCCGCGCGUGUCCAGAAUCGCCCCUUCAAACAAAGAAAAGCGCGCCAAUCAGUUUGCCCCUCCCCAGCUAAAUGAGCCAACGCCACACCAGCCAGCAAUGUCACCACAUCCGAACGCAAUGAAGACGGAGGAAGAAUCUGCAGUUCGGCCUUCCCGGCGUCGUGGUGCUGUGGUUAGCUAUGCAGAGCCUAACCUCCGGGACAAGAUGCGCCGCCCUACCAAGGAAAUGAUCGAUGCUGUUGCACUUGGAUCGCGAAGGUCCUCUAGUUUCCAGGCAAGUCGAGAAAGCUUGGACGGUGGAGGAGAGGGUGGCCACACCCAGUCUCAUGGCAGCCUCCCAGCUGAUUUCACUCUGGCGCAGAGCUCAGAUCUGUUCUCCGCAGAUGGAUCUUCAGAACAGCUGCUAGCAAUGGUCUCCCGGAGAAAACGCAAGGUGUCAGCGAACCCAAAGGACGACAACGAUGCGGCGAAUCCAAGUUCUGGCCUCAAGAAUGAGAUUGAGGACAGCCUCGCAGAUAUCUCGGCCCAAGUGUCUCAAAAGCCAUUAAAUUCAAGGCGUCAGACUCGACGUCACUCGUCAAACCCCAAGAGUACAACUGGAAACAUGGCACAAUACGAUGUGGACCAGGUUGACCUGCAAUCCCCAACUGGUGACUCUCCAGAAGACGAGGACUCAUUUGGGCCGGGACCAAACAGUUCGACAAUGGACACCAAUGACGUCAGACGUGGCCAGCGCGUUGCUGCAAGAAGAAAAAGCAUGAUGGUAUGA